AGUGAAGAAGUGCCAAAGGUAACCAAGGUGGAGGAGGAUAGAGUCCAAGAGGAGUGACCUUGACAAACUAGGAAAGGAAAAUACCAAGAAAGAGGAGGAGUAGGAAGAACCAUUUGAGAUCUUUAUCAAGAAGAAAAAGAAGAAACUAUUCACGGUUCCUUUUCUUUCAUCUGACCAACCACGAUAUAGGGAUUUUCUUGACCAGUGACAAGACAUACGUUAUGAAACGUUAUUAAAAAGCAGACAGUUGCAAACGUUUAUUGCACUGCACGAUGGCUACUGGAACUAAUCUUUGUCUACUGUUCGCCUUUCUGGUCUCGACUUCUGCUUUCUCGUUUUCCAAUGCACCACCCCAAAACAAAGGUCGAAGACUGUUCGGAGGUUACAGAAUAGUACCGAAAGUAUGCCAACCAACGAUACCAACACGAACGAAAUCAAAGGAGCCAGCAAUUUGCAUGUUCAAUUACGAAUGCACACGUAGAAAUGGCAAAGUUGUUGGCGCCUGUAUGGAUGGUUUUCUUUUUGGCGCGUGUUGUCAAUUACCACCAUCGAAAAAUACAAAUGACGAGCAUUACGAAAAAAUUCCAAGUACGGAGAACCUAUUAAAUUUGGAAGAGAUCGAUCAUGUGCCGGAUAUUCCGAUACUUUUAAAUCCGGAUGGUACACCAAUUGGAAUGUCGAUAGCACAACAGACCAAUAACAACAUUAAAACAGAUGAUUCGUCUUCUGGCGUUUCGAAUCAUUUGAACGAGGAAGAUUCUUCUUAUACGAAAAUAACGACGUUAGAUUCUAAUUUAUCGACUUUUAAACCAAACAACAAAGAUGAAUUGGAGAACGGUGAAAAAGUUCAGGUACCACCGUUGCAACCAGGUAUAAGUCAAUUGGAAAAUGAUUUUUCUGCGUUACUUGGUCAACAAACUAUUUUGGAUAGUUUGCAAUUACCAGGAUUAAUUUCUCAUAAGGAUAAAAACAACAAUAUGAAGAAUCAUAACAAGAAUAAUAAUAAUCAAAAUAAUCAUAAUAAUCCAAUGGUCGAGAAUCCAUUAGCAACGUUAUUGAGCCCAGAUCAAGUGCUUCAAAUAGCCGAUCCGGUCGAUCAAUUGCCGGCUUUGUUUUCUCAUGGUUUAAGUCAUAAUAAUCAUAGUUCGGCUGAUACUAUAUUGUUGAAUGAAAAUGGUACAAUGUUAAACGAGACGCAUAAUCCAGAUGAAUUGUUUAAGCCAAGCACGGAAUCCUCGAUAGAUGCUUUUACGAAUAGUAAAAUGACUUCCAGUUGGAAUACCGAGGAAAGAACGAAGAUAACAACAAUAAUGCAAAGUACGCAAUCCUCCUCCAUGACCGAACAAACGAGAGUGAAGGAAGAAGGAGGAGGAGGUAGUACGGAGUCGACACAAUGGAUGAGAUUCCCUGAUCAAUCAUCGUCAACGAGUACCACCGAGAUGCCAAUCACGUUCAGUGAUUUGAAAUCUACUAGUUUGAAUAUGGAAUCAAGUGUUGUUGAUGAAGCAGCUCAACAGCAGACAUACGAGAACACGCAAAAGGUUUCGAACGUGACACCUAGCUCAGGGUUGAGUUCAAGCGAUACUAUCGAGAAGAUGAAAACGACAGAAGAGAAAGUAACGAUGGAGGAUGAAAUAGAGGCUGAUGGUAGCACGGUUAAACGCGUAGCUACCACUCCGAUGACUACGACAAAUAACGACAAAGGUAUGGUGAGAGUUCCCACGAUUACUUAUGAGGCUCCAUCGGGUAAUAAAAAGAAUGACGUUCUUGAUAAAGAAGAAAUAGCCAUCAAUCAUAUUAUUUCUAUAUUGAACGGUACUACACCGGGAACAGAGACUACGGUUACUAUAAAAGAACCAAUGUCUUCUGUUAAUAACUGGAUGAACGUAGAAGAAACUUCGAAACCUUCGUUGAUCAAAGUUUCCUCUUGGAAACCUUCUUCCACUUUGAAAACAUCGACGUACAAACCUUCUUCUGUAUAUCCUUCUACUUUAAAGAUCUCAACUUUACAACCAUCCACAUUAAAUCCUACGAUAACAACUUUAUCCACAGCAUCUCCUACCUUUUAUAAACCAAUACAACCAUCGUCGUAUUACAAUUACGAAACUUUUCCUACCGAAACUAAUUAUCCUACCUAUUCUACAUCCAAUUCUUAUUCAUCGAGACCACCAUCUACGCCAUUAACUUAUGGAUCAUCCAGCAGUUUCGCAUAUUCAUCAAGACCAACCACAAAUCCACCAGCACCGACCGUCAUUGUUCUCGGACCACUUGGCACAGAAUACACUACUCUGACUACACCGAAAUCUGUGAUAACUAAGAAACCAUCUAAUGGUUCGAAUAAGCCAAGUUUUGCUCCGACCAGGCCAACUAUUUCAACGGUUAGACCUGCAAUUGUUAUUACAAAAAAACCAAGUGUAUCUACUAUGAUCACUCACAACAUUAGCACUGUCAUUUCUAACGUUGAUACCAAUAGUAAUCACGUUGUUUCUACCAGUUACAUAACUGUUAAUCUAAAAGAUACUACGAGUACACAAUCACCGGAAAAUAUUGACUCUACUACUGAAGCUUUUGUUACUGAAACGAGUUUGGAGGAAAGAAUGACAACGAAAAAACCUACAACUUGGAUGACUGCAUUAACUUGGUCCAAAAAACCUGGCUUUUAUUUGAAACCUUCGACAUCUCACAUUGUCUCCUCGCAAAAUACACCAGGUGUUACUUUUGUUCUAAAAGCAACAACUCCAUCGCCACCACCACUAAUUGCAGCAGCUUCCGUUCAUUGUGACGACGAAACACCUGCUCCUGACGAUCUCGUUAACUUCCCACCAGUUAGAAAUCCAAAUUUAAAUAUUUCAACUCCUUUAUCUCAACAAGAAAAACCAACGAUAGUCGAGACUUACAAUAAUACUGGCUAUCCGAAUAUCGAAAUAAUCAGCGAGAAUGAUAUUCCAACUCCUACCUUCAUAGAGGAUGAUGUACUCACAAAUAAAGUUGAUACGUUCGUAAACAAGAUCGUCGAAUCUCUUCAGGGUAAUUUUCAGAAUCUCAAAGACAUCGUUUACAAUCGAACUAACACAUUGCCAACGACGCCAACGACGCCAACGACGACAACAACAGCAACGAGUUCAAUAUCGGUAACGAAAAGACCAGUUACCACGGUUUCUGGUAAUACCACGAAAAAACCAUCAAGAAGACCACCGUCAACUAACAAACCAUCGUCACAAAAUACAACGAAAAAACCAAUUACUACGAAAAGACCUAACGCAAGACCAACUCCAACGUCAAAACCAAUUUCCGGUGAAAAACCACGACCAACCAAACCUACAACUCUAAAACAAAAACCUACAGUAACUACGCCUUUACCAACAACAAAAAGAACACCACCCCAGACAACCACGAAACGUCCAAAACCAAACAGAAAGACAAGCACUGUACCUACAACUACGGUCGAGGUUGUUCUCCAAGAGGAGGAGGAGGAGGAGGAAGGGGAAGCUUCGAUCGAUACAACGCAAAGCACCUCUUUGAAUGUCGAAACCACCACUCCAACAUCGGAUUUUCGUACACAAUGUGGGGUGAGACCUUUAAUCAAGUCUGGUAGAAUAGUUGGUGGAAAGGGUGCACAAUUUGGUCAAUGGCCGUGGCAGGUAUUGGUAAGGGAAGCAACAUGGUUGGGAUUGUUUACUAAAAAUAAAUGCGGUGGUGUUCUUAUCACGGACAAAUACGUCAUCACGGCGGCACAUUGUCAGCCAGGAUUUUUAGCAUCCCUCGUAGCAGUUUUCGGUGAAUUCGACAUAUCGGGUGAAUUGGAAUCAAAACGUAGCGUAACAAAGAACGUUCGUCGUGUUAUCGUUAACAGGGGUUACGAUCCAGCAACAUUCGAAAAUGAUUUGGCACUCCUCGAAUUGGAAUCACCUGUUCAAUUCGACGCCCACAUUGUACCAAUUUGCAUGCCCGACGAUAACGUUGAUUUUACCGGCAGAAUGGCUACGGUCACUGGUUGGGGUAGAUUGAAGUACAAUGGUGGUGUACCUUCGGUAUUGCAAGAGGUUCAAGUGCCGAUCAUGGAGAAUUCCGUAUGCCAAGAAAUGUUCCAAACGGCAGGUCAUUCAAAAUUAAUAUUGGAAAGUUUCAUGUGCGCUGGCUACGCCAAUGGUCAGAAGGAUUCAUGCGAGGGUGACAGCGGUGGUCCAUUGGUAAUGGAACGACCUGAUGGCAGAUGGAUGUUAGUUGGAACUGUAUCUCAUGGAAUAAAGUGUGCCGCGCCGUAUUUACCUGGCGUUUAUAUGAGGACCACUUAUUUCAAACCAUGGCUGCACAGUAUCACUGGAGUUUGAGGCCAAGGACGUUUCCUUCAUCUCAAGGACACUCUCAUAUUCUAACCGUGCCACCUGUAUAAAUGUACAAAGGAAGUCUAAUUUAUUACCCGCCCGGCAUUAGAACGAUUAAUAUCGAUUAAGGAAGCAACCCUUUCCUACCUUUUCCUUUAAUUCAAAACUAAUUCCCCCUGUCUCCCUCCCUCCCUCCCUUUCUCUCUUCCUUCAUUGGAACCAGUGUGAUGCAAAAAAAUCAUUGAAGGACGAGAGAUUAUUUCGUUUUUUAUAUUAUAUAUUUUGUAUGUUUAGUUUUUUAUCCUUGACACUCGAAAUUUCGUUAAGACUUUUCGUUAUUUAACGAAAAAUUAGUAUUUAUGAGUUGUUUAUCUUUUAUUCUUUCUUUCUUUCUUUCGAUGAUGAAAGACUAAAACAAAACGAUAACGAAGAAAUAGUAAAGUUAAUGUAAUUAUUCUUCGAAUUGGUGAAAUUUUAUCUAACAUACUCUUUCGUCGAGUAUCGUACGUAUUAUAUAAGUCUUAAGGUAUUUUUUUAUAUAUAUAUAUAUAGAAAGGAACACGUGUUCCAUGUACAUAUACGUGUAUUUUGUCUCUAUACGUAUGCAUAAUACAACGUAACAUACAUUAUUUUAAUAUUUAUAUUUAUAUAGAGAUA